GGACUUUCUCGCGACAACGUUAAUGUUUCGGGAUUUUGCUAAAACAGAAAACAUGGCGGACAGGCUAACGCAACUUCAAGACGCUGUCAAUUCGCUUGCAGAUCAGUUUUGUAAUGCCAUCGGCGUCCUGCAACAAUGUGCUCCUCCUGCUUCCUUCAGUAACAUCCAGACGGCUAUUAACAAGGAUCAGCCUGCAAAUCCAACCGAAGAAUAUGCCCAGCUGUUUGCAGCCCUGAUAGCCAGAACAGCUAAAGAUGUGGAUGUGCUAAUCGACUCUCUGCCCAGUGAAGAGUCCACGGCAGCUCUGCAGGCGGCCAGUCUGCGGCAGCUGGAAGAGGAGAACCAUGAGGCAGCAGCUCGUCUGGAGGAAGUGGUUAACCGUGGCGAUAUGCUCCUUGAGAAGAUCCAGAGCGCUCUGGCUGACAUAGCUCAGUCUCAGCUUCGCACCCGCAAUGGAGCACCAAGCCAGCCCUCGCCCGCCGAAUCCUGACCAACAGCAUACGUAAUACAAUUUUGGACAAUUUCACUCAUGUUUUGACUCAUAGUUUUUGCCCUCAGACACCAGCUGUAAGCCUCAAAACACUCACAGACAGGCUGAACGUCCUCAAGUGUGUCUGAGUGGAGAGCACUAGAUGCUGACCAGAUUUGUGUGGAUGAGUUUCUUUCACUGGUUUGGAGACCAGUAAUUUGACUUAGAAAAAGUUACAAAGAUGUCUUGGCCUGAACCUCACUUGGAGUAAAAGAAGACAUCUUCACAUACACAUUGGUUUGUUUGCAGACUUUUUUUUUGGAUACAAAAAAUUUGGAAAAAUACUUCAUCAUGCUAAAACAGUUUGUCAGAUUUUGUAUGUUUUAUGUACAGUAUGUGUUGUAUAUUGAGGGUUUUUUUGGUAGAUAUUUAUGAAUUAAAUGAUCAUAAUUCUCAUUUUGGCUGCUUUAAAAAGUUAAAUCACUCACUUUUCUGUAUGUGUGUGAUUUUGUUCUUCCUUUUUUUUAAAAAUAAAACUUCAACAAA